CACUAGUUUCUACACACCAAAUACGACCUUUCUAUGAUUGUUUUGCUUCCAACGACACUGGGCCUCCCCUAGAUACUUCUGCUGUAGAUACUUCUGCUACGCUGGUCUUUGUCCGCACUAUCAGGUUAUUUGGCUCAGCGAAACAUGGACACCGCAUAUCAAGCUCCUAAUUUGCUAUAUCAGGUAGCUUCUUCUUAUCAGACAAUGGUCUGGGUAGUGCUGAAUGUCCCAGCAAUCCUCUUACGAUGAUGAUAUUUUCCUUCAACGUAACAAUGAUAAUGACAAUUAUCCCGACCUGACAUACUUUGAUGAAUGGCCUAUACAGGGCGGACCGCAAGAUUUGCAAUUUGCUAACUAUUCAACGACAAAGUCGCCCUUUGUGAAUCCAGUGUAUUUUGAUUCGGUUGAAAACACGGUACCGGUAUCCUUCAUUGUACCCUCGCAGACACUUCUCGUUUCCUCGCCGCAACUAUCGACAGGCCCUGUUAAUACCCGAAUGCUCAUUGAGUAUGAACAAUCCCAGCCACCUAUCACACCAGGCACAAAGAAGUCUGGGAAAAAGUCUAGUAUGGUGACACGAUUCGCAGCUUCGCCCAAUAAUUUGCGUAUCGACGCUAGAGAAGGACCAGGUCUGGCGCCAGGCGUCCCUGCGAGCCAAAGUUCUGCAGGAGCAAUAGCUCAAGCACACUUGGGGACUGGAGAUCAGGUUCCAUUGAUCGAGACAAAACCAGAGAAGAAAAGAGGUCGAUCUGAUUCGUCCGAGGACGAAGAUUCUGCGAGCCUCAGGGCUAAACACAAUCACACCAUGAUUGAGCGUCGAUACCGUGACAAUCUUAACGGGAAAAUCAACCAGCUUCAUCGCAUCCUACAAGCCACCGAGGCCAAUUCUCCUUUGAUGCUUUUCGAUGCUGAAAUCUCUGAUCACGGUCGAAGGGUCCGGAAGAGCGAUAUCAUGGCGAGAGCGAUACAAUACGUUAAUCGCUCAGAGCUUGAGGGUCGUCACAAGAGGGACGAAAUCCAGCGCUUGAGGGAGAAAGUACAAAACCUCGAGAGGCUGGGCAAAUGCGGAGACUGCACGCUACUACAAAAUAUGAGGAGAAUAGACUUCAGCAAAGGGUCCUGCUGAAACCCAGGGUGCUCCCCAGUCAUUCUUAACCUCGGUAUUUACGACUUUGCGGGUAUCCUCCCGCUCAGCACAUCUGUCGCGAUACUUUCGACUUGUGCUCUGGCGCGCUGGAUUCGACAACUCUGGAGGAAUUGACUAAUCUCUUUCACUCGUACCUGUAAGGCGGGAUUCAAAUGGUCUCUCCAAAACGUGAUGUUAGAGUGUUUUGCUCCCUG